GGCCCAUCUCGUUGGCGCCGGUGGGUCCCUCUCUCCGCUCCCCGGCCGGGCCCGUCUCGUUGACGGCGGAAGAUGGCGGAGGAGACCCCGGUCUGCAGCUUCCUGUUCAAGAAGCGGGGCCCGGCGGCCGGCAGGGGGCGGCGCAAGCGCCCGGGCAGCGACCCGGAGCAGGGCAGCAGCAGCGACGAGGGGAGCACGGUGGUCAGGAAGGAGAGGCGGCGGGAAGCGCACAACCCCAUGAUCCAGAAGAUAUUUGCCCUCUCGUCUUUCAGACCAGGAAAAGUGGUAAAGAGAAGACCUCGUAUGGGGCAAGCAGCAGUGAUGAUGAGGGGAAGUCGCAAGGAAUCGGGGUCGCUUACAAAUCAACAAGAUCGGCGAAACCUGUAGGUCCGGAGGACAUGGGAGCGACGGCUGUGUAUGAGCUGGACACCGAGAAGGAGAGAGAUGCCCAGGCCAUCUUUGAGCGCAGCCAGAAAAUCCAGGAGGAGCUACGAGGGAAGGAGGACGAUAAAAUUUACCGGGGCAUCAAUAACUAUCAGAAGUACGUGAAGCCCAAAGAUACGUCGAUGGGGAACGCCUCCUCGGGAAUGGUCAGGAAAGGCCCGAUCCGAGCGCCAGAGCACCUGAGGGCCACCGUGCGGUGGGACUAUCAGCCCGACAUCUGUAAAGACUACAAGGAAACGGGCUUCUGUGGCUUUGGAGACAGCUGUAAGUUCCUCCACGACCGCUCCGACUAUAAACACGGCUGGCAGAUUGAACGGGAACUGGACGAAGGACGCUACGGAGUCAACGACGAGGAAAACUAUGAGGUGAGCAGCGACGACGAGGACCUGCCCUUCAAGUGUUUCAUCUGCAGAAGCUCCUUCAAGAACCCCGUGAUUACCAAGUGCAGACACUACUUCUGCGAGAGCUGCGCCCUGGAGCACUACCGCAAAUCCAAGCGCUGCUACGUGUGCGACCAGCAAACCAAUGGUGUCUUCAACCCAGCCAAAGAGCUAAUGGCAAAGCUAGAAAAGCACAAAGGUGAGGAGUCGGAUCCCUCGGAGCAUGGAGAUGAGCCACAGUAGCACAACCCUCUCCCCUGUUCUCCCUCCCACCCCCACCCCUCAGGUUUUGUAAUA